AUGCUCGUCAAGGAGUAUCGCAUUCUAUUGCCGCUCACUGUUGAGGAGUAUCGCAUUGCGCAACUCUAUAUGAUUCAGAAAAAAUCUCGUUUGGACAGUCAUGGAGCGGGUAGCGGAGUCGAGAUCAUCACCAAUCGACCAUACGAUGGAGGACCGGGCGGCAGUGGACAGUACACCUACAAGAUCUAUCAUAUUGGCAACAAAAUACCAGUGUGGAUUCGAAGCGUGUUGCCCACAUCGGCUCUUGAAGCCCAUGAAGAAGCGUGGAAUGCAUAUCCGUACACGAAAACGAGAUACUCGUCACCGAUGAUGGAUCGCUUUUCGAUAGAAGUGGAAACUGUUUAUCGAAAUGAUGCCGGAACAUCAAAUAAUGUUUUUCAACUUUCCGGGGAUGAGCUAAAGACACGAGUGAUCGAUGUGAUGAAUUUUGUUAAAGAUCCUUAUUCAUCACAUGAUUAUUGUGCUGAAGAAGAUCCAAAGUUAUUUCGGAGUGAUAAAACGGGAAGAGGACCGCUGAAUGAUGAUUGGGUAGAAGAAUGCGUACGCAAUCGAAAGCCAGUCAUGUGCGCGUACAAAUUGUGCAAAGUCGAAUUUCGGUACUGGGGAAUGCAGACAAGAGCUGAGAAAUGGAUUCACGACUUGGCAUUGAGAAACACAAUGCUUCGAGCGCAUCGACAAGCGUGGGCAUGGCAAGACGAGUGGUACGGAUUGACGAUCAAUGACAUUCGACGACUAGAGGCUGAACUAGCGCUGCAUCUCAGUGAAGUGAUGGCUCCAAGAACGGAAGACGAGGCAGUGGAUGGAGAAGAAAGUGCUGUGUCUUCAGAUGAAGAGUACUUCGACUGUACGGAUCUCUCACCACCACAUUCACACAAGCCGAGCAUCAUUCGGUGGAGCAGUGAACUCCUUCUUAAUGAAGUUCAUCAACAUGAUGAUGACUCUCCACCAUUGACACCAGCCUUGAAAGGCGAAAAUGCAGCUUUGUUACAAACUCUCGAGACUUUGAUCACUCGACAUUAUCCCCAAUUGAGAGAGCGAGUUCAUGUUUUACUAGUUGCUUGUGGAGGCGAGCUUGCAGCCACUGCACAGCGCCUUUCCGCCGUUGCUCCAUCCUUUGGCGCUUUACAUCCAUCUCUAUCUUUAAUUCUUUCACAGGCGUCCACAAUUUUCUCAGAUGCUGUCGAGGGUGCAAUUCGACGAGCGAAUGAGGUCUACAAUGAGUUUAUUGAUUCCCAACCAGGUUUCAAUGGAGAAGUUUUCUGUGUGGGUGACGCGAUUGGAGGCUUACUUUUGUAUGAACUCUUAUGUAGUAAAAAAGAUGAAACACCACAAAAGGAAAUUUUUUCCAGAACUGGAUCAAGAGUUGGAAGAACUCCAUCAACUGGCAGAAUACCUUUACAAUCAAAUCAACAACCAAUCGAGGAAGAAAACGCGCCACCACCGGUUCAUGCCAACAUUUCUAGAGAGCCGAGUCGUGAGCGUCCGAUAAGAAAAAUCUCGGGAUGGUCGCUGGCCGAUUUCAACUACGGCAACGAGCCACCCCCAAAGCCUCCGCACUCAGCCGGUCCAUCAGUCUCCGUCUCUUACGUUCCUCAACUCCAUUCAAAGCCUCGUCCCAACAGUCUCAUGCGCAAGAAGAUGAGCAUCGAAAGCUCGUGUCCCGGUCUACUCACUCGACUAGCCUUUCAACCAUCAACAGCUUUUCUCGUCGGAUGUCCUCUUGGCUUAUCGAUAAUGCAACGAGGACUCAGUGGUCAAGAAAUUGAUCAAAUUGAAAGUGUGCAAGUGUUCAAUUUGUAUUAUCCAUUGGAUCCAUGUGGAGCUCGUUUAGAGCCGGUGUUGAAUUCUCAUCUCAGCAUCUUACCGCCAGCAAAUAUUCCAAGAUAUCAACGCUAUCCACUUGGUGAUGGACGAUCAUUACACUAUGACACGUCGAUUGAUACCACUACUUUAUGGGGCAGUAAACGGAUCGACCAUUUGCUCUAUUGUCCAAAUGCGAUGGUAGCCCUUCCCUCAACCGCUCUUCCCAAUAUCUUGCACGCCUCCUAUUGGGAAAGUUGUGAUGUCGGCGCGUUCAUCAUUCGACAAUUUGUGAGAGGAGAGGAUAGUGCGGUUCUUUCAACUCUUUCAUCAACACUUUCUGCCGUUCCACUCAAAGUCGACCUUCCGCCAAUGCAAUGGAAAAAGCGGCGAACGCGGUUUAAGAUUACAAACUUGUCGCCAAAUCAUCGAGCGAAUGAUGUUCUUGUUGUUUCUGGAGCUGAGCAAUCUGUUUUUGCAAGAUUCUGUUAUGGUCCGAUGGAUUUGGUGGCUCUGACAAGAGAAACUGUUAGCAUUUUUGUUUGUCCUAGCAGGAGUGAUUGGUUUGAGCACUCUACUCAAGAAACUGAUUCAAACGGACGACUCCAUGUAUCACUCGGCAAUUCACUUCCUUUCGGUAUUCACAGCAUCAAAAUGGUUGUCCAUGGAGAUCAUUCGUAUCUUGACGUUUUUCUUGCUGUUGUUCCACCAGAAACGCGAAUUGUUGUCUUCUCUAUUGAUGGUUCUUUAACAGCCUCUGUUUCUGUAACAGGAAAAGAUCCGCGAGUUCGACCGGGAGCCGUUGAUGUUGUUCGCUAUUGGCAUGAUCAAGGAUUUCUCAUUGUUUAUGUGACGGCUCGGCCAGAUAUGCAACAAAGAGUCGUCUCUGCUUGGCUUGCUCAACACAAUUUCCCACAUGCUCUUCUUUUCUUUACGCCAUCAUUUUCCACUGAUCCACUUAAAGCUAAAACGAGUCACCUAAGACAUUUGAUUGAUAUGGGUGUUCGGGUGCAUGCAGCGUAUGGCAGCUCAAAGGAUGUUUCCGUUUAUACAACAGCGGGAAUUGAUCCGUCUCGAGUUGUUUCCGUAUCGGGUGGAAAGAGGAGAGGCACACUACAUGUCGACCAUUACUCGGCACAUCUCGCCGAUUUGACUAAUGGCACUUGCCCAUUAGCGACAGGAGUUCGAGGUGAUGGCACCGCUUAUGAGGACACCGUUCACCACCAUCAUGGACAUGUCUCAGGCACAGCCAAUGCGACUCUUCCCGCUUCAUCACCGGCUAGUGCCUUGACUGCUCACCGGGUUUGGAGGUGCUCCUCACUGGACAGGCAAUUCUUCAUCCCACCCCUAGGAAAUGUGCAACGAACGAGCUCGUUCACGCCAAGAAGUGGCAAACGAUUAAACAUUCCGCUCAACAAUGUGAGCUUUUUCGUUGCUCCUCGUCAAACGAUGGGACAAGCGAACUCUUUCACGAUUGAAUCGCAAGUGUUUGUGUGGACUGAGUGGGGCGGAGUUGUGAUCAGCAGCGAUGAAUCCCCUUGCUUUGAUCUCUAUGCUGAAUAUGCUCAGAAGAUCAAUAUGAGCACCGUCAAAUUCAACUACAAACCGAGCAUCUUCUCACACUCGUUUUUCUUGCAAUCAAAUGCAGCAAAACAAGAGUAUGAUCACUAUUUUCCAGCCGCUUGGCGUGUCAUUCAUGAAUAUUUCAAGUAUCCAGAAUCAUUUGACGAUUUGGACAACAAAUUGGAUAACGCUACACUUACUCUGCAACAGACGCUUAUCUGGCUGAAAGGAAUUGUACCGGCAAUGUGCACAAGGAAAUGCCGGGUUUUGGAUGAUAAAGAAAUCAAAUACGUGUGUCGACUUCUACUGAUCAAGAAGAUCUGUCGAGCUGCUGGCUAUGAAGUGACCGAAGCAAAACACUCAAACAAAAUGACGGAUAGACAACGAAUUCUGAAAAAUGAGAAGAAAGUCGAACGAAAUAAAGAAUGGACAAAGAAAAGAGAACAGAAAGAUCAAGCGAUUGAAUUGGAAAGACUUAUCUUUGGCGGGGAAAUUGUUCCAGAAGAAGAUAGAGCCUCGCCUCGUUUAUGGGUUCACGCGAUGGUCAAAGCUUUGAUCAGCUGGAAGAAACCGUUUCCAAACGAUUUGCCGAUUGAAGCUAAAGAUUUGAAAGAUCGCAGACAUAUCGUCAAUAAAUAUUGGGAAACGCCAGUGCCAGAGGAAAUGGAGAUUCGGCCUACCGAUUCAUCGAUUAUUAUUUGGCUGAUGCACAUCGGCAAAGCUGUAGAGGAUUUCAAUGAAAAUCUUUGCCAAAAAGAUUCGCCAAAGCCGACGAUCGAAUUAUGGAAUGAACGAUUUAUCACAUUGCGCUCUCCGGAACGCUGUCGACAGAAUGUGCUCGACUUUUCAAACCAAGCUGUCAUCCCAGCUUUACUUCUCAGUUUUGAUGAUGGCCAUCUAGAUCAUUUGCUCAUUCACUUCACCCGUUUUUACAAUAAUAAAGACGUUCACUUUGGAAGGAUUCCAAUUUCACUAAUCGGACAACUAAGAAAAUGGGCGAUUGUAAAGGAGAAACAAACUGAAGAGGUCCGAGGACUGAGAGCCUUCUUUUGUCAAGGCUAUCCCUCAAAUUUCCGACAUAUUCUUCAGGCGGGAUCGCUACGAAUUGGCGAUGGCACAUCAGCUUUCCUCUAUAAAAGUGACGCUUUGCCCAACGACAAUCAACUAGCAGUAUCGAAAGCGAUUUUUGAAUCGAGACCAACCAUUGUUAAUGAGAAUCACGAAAUCGAUCCGCUAUUUGGAAAACCCCGAAUCAUGGCUUUUCCAAGUCCUAACCCGAUUUUCAUCCAGGAACCCGAGUUCUCAAAGCUGACAAUCACCGAUCCAAAGAAAGACACUUCUCAAGAUUUGAAUCAUAAAAUCCCAGUACCGAAUCAUCCAAAGCCGGAGAUUGUCGAACCAACAAGCCCAAAUCAAUCCUACCCAGUGAAUGUGAUCAAUCCACAAGUUUCUCCGGCAUAUCCAAAUGUGUACGUAGCGCCGCCAACAGGUUAUCAUCCACAUCACCCGACACCCGUUCAACAACUUGCCGGAUACUCACCGAUAGCCUCUUUUCAACAAUCACCUCCAUUUAUCAAUUAUCCAUCCAAUCAGUUUCAAUAUUUGCCAUAUGAGUGGACUGUGCCCGCGGCUCCGAAUUAUCCCGGCUAUCUCCAACCAAGUCCUGCUCCACAAUCAAAUCAUUCAGCUCAAUCUUCUGGCGAAUACCUGGACCCUCAAAACCGCAAUGGACAACUUGGAUACCAAUCACCGCCCAGCGUCUAUCAUUCACCACCGAGCGCCUAUCAGUCUCCGAAUGCUUUUGAUGCAAACAUGAUUCCCGGUGAUCUAUCUCCUCGCAAUCAAACUUUAUUU